AUGGAAGGUGGUGGUGUUGCUCUCUACAUUCGUGACAGCUUCUUCGUUCGCAUAAUUGCCAAAUCGCAUCCUGAUGACUACAAUGCGUCAGAAUUUUUGGUGAUGGAAUUACGACAACAACAUGCAAAACUUCUACUUGCUGUAGUCUAUCGUCGCCCGUCUGCGUUGGCUCCACUGAAUUUUUUCCAAACCAUUGUCCCUCUUCUCCCAAAUUAUCAUGACGUGAUAAUUUGUGGGGAUUUCAACUGCAAUCUCUUAUCGCACACACUACACUACGUCAACGUGCUCCGAGAACAAAUCGAGCGCUACGCCUUAAAAGUCGUCUCCAUGCUGCCUACUUGUCAUCGAUUCCAGGAUGGUCAUGCUUCUCACACUCUUCUGGACCUCUUCUUAAAUAAAAAUGACACAGAUAUCCACUCCUUUUCAAAAACGCCGGCCCCAUUUAUUGACUGUCACGACCUUAUCGAGCUUUCUAUCUACUCCACGGUUCCCCCCUCAGCCACGAAAACCAUCCUCAUUCGCAAACUGAAAAGUGUUGACAUAGUACAGCUAAAUUUACUGGUUGCCGAGAGCGUUGCCGUACAGUAUCCAUCACCGCAGACUACUCUUACUGACCCAACUCAAAUGUCCCUGGAUUCACUCGAACGCUUCCUCUCAAACGCCGUGCUGAAAGCCUUCGACACCCUUGCCCCGGUUCGCCAGACAAAACUGUCUGCCAAGGCUAAGCCGUGGGUAUCAGCUGACAUUCGCAUCCUCAUGCGUGCUCGCACGGCGGCGUACAAGCGAGCAAAAAUAACUGCGCUUCCAGGUGACAUUCGGAGGUACAAAGACCUUCGAAACCGUGUUUCAAACCUGCUUGACACUGCAAAAAAUAACCACAUCUCGGCCAAACUUGCAUCUGCCACAGAUCCCAAGACCAAAUGGAGAGAGCUUCGCUGUCUCGGCAUUGCACAAAAAUCCAUGCCGUCUCCACUAUCAUUUUUCUCACCCACAGCGUUAAACUGUCACUUUGCCAAAAUCGUUAACCAGCUUCCGCCUAUUACUCUUUCCUGCUACGACAAUCUCACAUCGAUACCACUCUCUCGCUCAUUCUCAUUUCCCCAAUUCAAUCUAAACCCGGUGUCAGUCAAGGACGUGGAGGAUGUUCUCGCGGAUGCCCACUCAAAGUCAAAAGGAGAGGACGAGAUCUCGCUGAGAAUGCUCUCGAUGGUUUCGCAAACUGUCCUUCCGUACUACACCACGCUUUUUAAUCACUCAAUUGCUAACUCACUUUUCCCCACGCUCUGGAAGCGCACACAAAUUGUCCCGCUCUCCAAAGUGAAAUCUCUUACCUCCCUUUCGGAUACACGACCUAUUGCUAAGCUAUGUGAGCCCUCGAAGCUCUUCGAGCGCCUCGUCCAUCGUCAAUUGUCAGCCUACCUUCAGCAGCAUCACCUGCUCGACUUCCGCCAAGCCGGAUUUAGAAGGGGACAUUCUACCGAGACCGCGCUCCUUGGUCUUCUCGACGAUGUUCGGUUUGCUACCGAAAAUAGGCUUCUCACCAUCAUCUAUGCGGAUGACACGCAAAUAUAUGUGCAUUGUUCCCCGCGGGACAUUGAGCGUGGCAUCGUGGAGGCCAGCGAGAUGCACAAGCGGUGGCUGAUUGGGCCUUGGGCAAUGGCCUUGAUCUCAACCUUGCUAAUACGAAGGCUAUGA